ACGCCACUAACGGCACAGUGACCACUGAAUGCCAACCAACAUCACGUCACGACUCCAAAUCCACUUCCCGACCCAUCACCAAGAGCCUCACGCAACCACCGGGGGCCACAGCGCAAUGAGGCAUGCCACUCCGUCCUCCAGUCCCUCUCUUCUACGCGAAAGCAUGCUUGGUCCGUCCCCGUUUACGAUUCUUCACGACAACCCCAGCGCGGCGCAGCGAUGACGUCGCGCAGCAGCUGGCGAAGAAGAACCACUAUGAGCGAUUGAGGAUCAAGCCGACGGCUAGCAAAGGCGAGAUCAAAAAAGCCUUCUACUCACUGUCGAAAACGCACCAUCCGGACGCGAACCCAUCUGCCCCGGCUACUGCCGCGCAGAGCUUCUCCCUGCUCUCCGAGUCCUACUCCAUUCUCUCCAACGACACAUCGCGCGCCACGUACGAUCGGACCCUCGCCCCGGCGUCCGCCUCGGGUGUACACCACCCAAGGGGGUCAUACCAUUCGGCCGGAGGACGACCGGCAAGCGGACUGAGCCGGCGAAGAGGCACAUACCGCGGGCCCCCGCCGAGCUUCUACAGAAGUGGCGGGUACGGAGAACACACGGAGAAGAGGCAAAAGGCGCACGAGGAGACCACAUUCUCAGGGGCUGGUGGUGCUCGUGCGUCUUCCGAAAAGAAGACCUCCCACCACGGCGGCAUGGGACCAGGCGACGACCCCUUUGGUCAUCACGACGACGUCUUGCACUGGGAUCGCAAGAGCCACCACAAGACGCAGAAGAGAGAGGAUCACCGACGAUGGGCGCGGACGCACAAGAAGGCCUGGAACGAUGACGGGACGCAAUUCGAACCACAGAUGAGUCAAGGCAGUCACUUUUUGGUGGUGUUGGGACUCUUGUCGAUCAGUCUCGUGGCGCCGGCUUUGUACAUGUCGAAAAUGCAUACCAAGAAGAACGACAGGCGAUAGAACGACGAGUAGUAAGUAGGCUCAGGCCACAUGUGCGUAUAUAACUAGUGCACCGCAUAUGGAGCAGAAAGAACUC